UUUUCUCAUUUUUUUCUAAUAAAAUACUCGUAGACUUUUUAGUUAAUGUUUGGUAAAGAGAAUGGAGGGAUAAUAGUUCCCAUCUCUUCCGAUCUAGACACAGAAGCCAUAUUGCAGGUGCAUAUCCGAAUCGAAGAUAACAGUUAAUCUCGUUUUCAAAUCAGAAAAUCAAUUGUAUCCUUUGUGAAGCCUUUCGACAGCACAACGGCGAAACAUGGGAGGUUUUUUAUCGAGGUUUUGGUUCAUGCUGUUUCCGGCAAAAGAGUACAAGAUUGUGGUGGUCGGACUGGAUAACGCCGGCAAAACGACGACGCUUUACAAGUUGCACUUGGGAGAGGUGGUCACUACUCACCCUACUGUUGGCAGUAAUGUCGAGGAGCUAGUAUAUAAGAACAUCCGUUUCGAGGUUUGGGAUCUGGGUGGGCAAGAUAGGCUCAGGACAUCGUGGGCCACAUACUACCGGGGAACUCAUGCUGUUAUUGCAGUUAUAGACAGUACAGACAGAGCCCGGAUAUCCAUUAUGAAGGAUGAAUUGUUCAAGCUUCUCCCCCAUGAAGAUCUGCAAAAUGCUGUUGUACUUAUAUAUGCUAACAAACAGGACCUUAAAGAUGCCAUGACUGCUGCUGAGAUAACAGAUGCUUUGUCCCUUCACAGCAUUAAGAACCAUGAUUGGCACAUCCAAGCAUGUUCCGCCCUUACAGGUGAUGGCCUUUAUGAUGGUUUGGGAUGGGUUGCACAGCGAGUAACUGGAAAAGCUACAAGCUAAGAAGGAAGUGUGAAGCUUUGGUGUAAAAUGCCAUUUGUGUAAUCCUUACAGACUGAGAUAAGAUGUGCUCAUACGCUCUUUUACUCUUAUCUUUUUAUUUCUCUAGAAUCUCAUUGUGUAAAGCUUGUGAUGACAAGGAUACUAAUGGAGGAACAUUUUACAUUUGGUUUGGUAUUAAUGAUGAUAUCGUUGUUUUUUUGUCUCAAUAAAGGUCAUUGAAAUCUGCAAUGUAUAGCUUUUAAC